AUCGGAAGGAGUCACUGAAUGUUUCCUGUUGUAAAUGAUGCACCCUAUGCUUAUAACAAUUUUGACCUCGGUAUUUUUAAAAUCCGACACCCCGCCAUCUCCCCGCCCCCAUCAUUUUGAAAGUGAAACCAACUCGUCAACGCAAAUCACGAUAAAGGGGAGGCAAAGCCGAAUAUCAAGCGAAUAUUCAAUAUUUUCUGACCCACAAGGGUGAUGGCGUCGUAUGUGGUGGCGGUUCUCCUUUUCCAGCAGUUCAUCACCGUUUUCGGUAGCUUUUCAGUGACUGUGCCCCAACAGCCAAUACUGGCCCCUGUUGGCAGCUCAGUUACUUUGCCUUGCUCAAUAGCCCCUGCAGGUAGUGCUGAGGGCUUUGAGGUUCGCUGGUACCGACCCAACGCCUUCACAAAACCAGUGCUGCUCUACCGAGACAAACAGGUCCAAAAUAAUGAUCAGGACUCGCAGUACAGUGGCCGGGUUUCUCUUGACUUGGGGGGCCUAAAAGAAGGUCUUAUGUCCCUACAUCUGAUUAAUGUGACAGUAGAAGACACGAGUGACUACAAUUGCUAUGUUAGCAGUAAUGUAAAUUAUGAAAGUGGGACCGUAUUGCUCAAAGUGUCUGCACUGGGUGCCCCUCCAGUGAUGUCAGUGAGCCCAGUUAAUGGCAAUGACUGGAAUGUUAGCUGUGAGUCCAAAGGUUGGCACCCAAAACCGGACCUGUGGUGGUCAGACUCUCGGGCAUCUACCCUUCAGCACAACCAUCUGCAGUAUAAAGAGGACAACCAUGGGAUGGUGUCUGUCCAGAGUUGGAUCUUAGUGUCACCUGCUUUCUCUGGUUUGCUGUCCUGCACCAUCUCCCUCCAGGGUGGUGAGAACCGCGAAGGAAGGAUAGCACUGAGAGAUACUAUGCUUCAGUCUGUGGCAGGACCAUGGAAACCAGCCUUCAUCGUUACAAUUUUAAUUUUUCUCCUGUCGAUCAUCACUGCUGUCCUGUGGUUCAUCAAGUUUAGGAAAAGAGAGUCAAGAACUCGGAAAACAAUAGAAGUAGAGAAAACAGAGCCAGAUGGUAUGGAACCCCAAAAAGAAACAGUCCCACUUCUUGCACCAGAGGAUAUGAAAUCAGUAGAAGGUGACCUGAUUCCAGAAAAUGAUUUGGCGAAAAUGAAAGCAGCAGAAGUGGACAUUAUCCUGGACAAAGCCACAGCUCAUGGUGGGCUGAUGAUUGUUCAAGACAAGAUAGUCCGAGAUGCCAUGAAAGACAAUGUCGUGGACAGCGCCGUUGACAGUUCCAAGUUCACUCAUCACACUUGUGUCCUUGGAAAGAAUCCCAUAAACUCAGGUCAAUCGUACUGGGAAGUUCAGUUAUGGGGUGAAAAUGUACCCCUGAAAGAGUCAUGGAGUGUGGGCUUGGCCUUGGCAACAGCGAACCGUCAUACUGACAGGCCACUCAUUUCCAGUGAGAACUUCUGGGUCCUCUCCUUAAGGGAAGGGAGACUCCGUGUCAGUACCGACCCUGCUGUUGAACUUCCUGUGCGACAGAAGCCGCAGAUACUGGGGGUGUUUUUAGAAUAUGAUGAAGGUCGGCUGUCCUUCAUUAACGUUACUGAGAAAAAAUAUAUAUUAACCAUUUCAACAAAAUUCAGUGGAGCGGUUUAUCCUCUGUUUGAUCCAAAAAAGGGCGACAAGGCCCCUAUGAAGAUCCUAAGCAAAAAAAAAUAUUAAUUUUAUUAUAAAAAUUAUAAAGGUGGUUUUCUGUAAAACACAAGAAUGCAUUUGAGAAUAUCCUCUUUGGAGAUGAAAACCUUUUUUCCACUAAAUGCUAAUGUUCUGACUUACCUGUCUAGUCUCCCUGAUGGGUCAAGUAAAAAUAAAAUUAGAGGUUAAUUCUGCUAAUAACCCUGCAGAGGGUUAAUCUGUUUUCCAAACAGACAACAAUCAUGCAAAGUUCAGUUUGUUUUCAUGCGUCACGCAAAAAAGCUGUAAAAUGGGACAGCUGGAGCACACAGUGUUGAUAUACAUACAUGAAUUUACAUACAUAUGAAACUGCAUGAAUACAGGAUCCGUGUACAGUUUAGCUAUUGUAGGGUCAGUGUGACGUCUGUCCUACUGCUGUUUGACAUACGAUGAACUUUACUAACCUUAAUUUAUAUUAUUUUAAAGCAACUUACCUGUCUAGUCUCUCUUUCUAAAUUGUUCAAGUAUACAAGUACUGUCCUUUCAGUUAUUUGAGUAAUUAUACAUUAUGUACAGUGAUACCUCGACCCACGAACAGUCCUGUUCACGAACCAGAUGUUAUGAACCAGAUGUUCAAAAAAAAAUUUUCUACCGGCUCGCGAACUGUGUUUCAGGGGGCAAACACACCCGCGAAGAAGUGUACAUUAUUCCCAAGAACGGUUGUGGAAUGUAUAAAAAACUCGUUGUAGAUGUAUGUCUUUAUUAUAUCUCUUCAGAGGUCGAAUAUCUGAAAAAAGAAAAAAAUAGAGAACAUUCUGUUACAGUGGUAUCUUUCAGUGAUUAAUAAACAUGUUUGUGAUGAUUUUUAACCACAUAUCUAUACAUAAAAUUACAGUACUUCAUUAAUAACAUAAAUUAAGUAACUUUAAUUUAAAUGUUACAUUCUCCAUUCACACAUAGUGGCAACUGCGUAUUGUUUGUUUACAGUAUAAACAAAGUUCAUUCAAUGCGUGGCAUCACAAAAUAAAAUAAAAAAAUGUUUAGGGAUAUGUACAGUAUAAUAAAAAAAAUACUGUAUCGUAUGCUCAGUACAUCGAUCCGCCUUCCGUAAACGUAUGUUCUCUCCCUUUUUUGCUCUUUAAGGUUAGUUUAAUUUAAGUCUAUAUUCUUGGUCACAGAAAAACAAAAAAAAAAUUUAAAAUCAGUGUUUCUGAGGUUUGAACGAAUUAUUUGUGUUUACAUUAUUUUAAAUGCUAAAAAUCGAUUCAGGUCGCAAACUGAGUCCUCUAACGAAUUAAGUUCGUGAGCCGAGGUAUGACUGAAAACCUGUUUAAGCUAUGUGAAUAUGGUUACUGGUUUUAACAUUUCUGUGUAAUAUUAUAAGUUGUCAAAGGGAAGAUAAUCUGUGCCAGUACUUUGUAGUUAGCAUUGCAGAAUUUUUUAUUAAACUGCAUUUCAUGAAAGAAAAA